AGAAAGAGUUGCCUUAGGGACACCUGCUUGGCACAGCCCUUUUACUCCUGCACUCAGGCGCAGGCGCCCCCGAGACCGUUCUCCUCUGGAUCCAGGAAUCCAGGCUCUCUUUCCUUCCUCCCUUAGACCCAGAGGUCCAGGCCCCCCGACCCCCUGCUCCUUUUUCCCUCCCAGCCAGGAGAUGGAACCUCCAGCCCCUCCCCCUCCCUCUGGAGGUACCAUGGCAACCAGGUGCCCUGACCAGCUUUCCCCCCACCCCAUAUAGAAUCCCAUUUCUGUUUGAAUCUGGCCUGUGUCUAACCAGUUCCUGCGUGAGACAGGGAUGAGCGGAGGGCAAGUGGGACCAGAAAAGGGAUGACAGAGGGCAGGGGAGCCAGUUAUGAGAGAAGAGAGAUGGAUAAAGGAGGCUGGGGAGAGGUGGGGAGAGAGGUAGGGAAACAGAGAGGUAGGCUUGGAGAGAGGCAGACUCUGAAGAGGGCCGGAGGGCUGGGGAGAUGGUGGGGAAACUAGCCGAGGAGUCCAGGGGGAUGGAGGGAGAGAGGGGGAGAGAAGUGGGCGGGAAGAGGGCAGAGAAAUCAAGGGAAAGAGUGGAGGAGAGAUGGGGAGAGAUCAGGGGGAAGAGAUGGGGAGAGAGUAAAAGCGGGAGGGUGGUGGAGACAUGGGGAGAGAAAGAGGACUGGGGAGGGAGAGAGGCGGGGAGAGGCAGAGUCCCAAGGAGAUCUGGAGAGACAGAGGAAGACACGGGAAAGUGGCAGAGAAGGAACCAGGGCACACAGCAUUUGGAACUCGUUGGGUUCCCAGAGGUUAGGGGAAUCCACAUUCCUAUGUGGUCUCAGCCUUCCAGUUCUUCCAUGGUUUUCCCCCGGGGCUUCAAAGAGAAGAAGGAGGAGGCGGCCGUGGAGAGAAGGAGCUGGAGAGGGUGGGCGAGUCAGGGUUCUUCUCCCCAUCCUCCUGAGACAUCCCUCACCCGCCUUCCCAGGAUGCAGCAAGAGGUGGAGACCCUGUGCUCCUCCACCACUGGCAACCCCAGCAUGCACAGGGAGGCAGGAGCCCUCCUUGUGGACAUGGAGACCCUAGAGGAGACGCAGACUCGGAGCCUGGGCAGGCCUGUCAGAUCCUCGAAGCAGUACCUGCGUCAGGUCAUUGCAGAAUACGAGGCGCUGGACCGAGAGCUACCAUGCCUCCGGAGGUUUCCCACACCACCCGCUGCCCAGCCUCUCUGUCUGUGCAUGGAGACCUCGCCAGAGGAGGACUUUACCCAUCUGGAGGUGCUGGAGGCUCUGGAGGCCGAGUUACCCGGGGCCAUGGAGAGCGGGCGCGUGACCAGUAUCCGUUUUGAAAAUACGAACGUCAUCUGUGGGACGGCGGGGUGCCGGGACAGGUGGCUCAUCACGGUCGCGGACUUCCAGACUCGCUCGCGUCUGCUGCGCUGCGGCCUCCGCCUCCGCGGGCUCGGGCACCCGCUGGUGCGCCACGACGAGCUGCUGCUGGCCGAUUACCGCCUGCACCUGCGCCGCUCCCUGGUCCGGCGGCGCAUGCUCGAGGCCCUGGGGGCGGAGCCGACCGCGGAAGUCUAACGCUCGGGGGGCGGGCCCCGGCUGCGCUCGCACACCGCCCGGCUGGCUCGGGCUACCCACGCGGAACCCCCGAGGGUAGGGGGCGUGGCCUCCCCAGGAAGGAGGCGGGGCCGGCUCGAGGGGGGUGGAUACUGUGAGUUUAAUUAUAAAGAAUGACCUGGUACAAAAGCCAUUUCUCUCUGCAAAAUCUUGGUGGGGAGUCAGGGCGAGGGAGGUGAUAUGGGGGGGGGGUAGGGAUGAACCCCCGUAAUAUAAUCCCGCCUCCCUCAUCUUCCCCCAGUCCCUGCGAACGGACGCCUGGGUCCCGAUCCCUUGAGGGAUGAA